AUGAGCCAUCAACAUUUCCUUUCUACAAUAAAAAAGCGUGCCAACUUUCGACUGUGCAGGGUCUCCAGUCACACAACUGAAUUACUAGAGAUCGGAGCUGAUGAUCCAAAAUUACAUGUUCUCUUUAUCCCUGGAAAUCCCGGUAUUAUUGCUUUCUACAAGGACUUUUUGGAAUCUCUAACUGGGAGAAUGGAAGGUUGUUCUCCUUACAAGAACAGCUUGAUCACAAGGUCCAGGAUUCUCUCUGCCUCAGUUAGUUUCGUUCUAGCAACUUUGAGAUUACGACCUAAGUGGGCUUUAAGGUUAAUUGUUAUAAAAAUUAUUGGAAGAUCAUGGUCUGCCACUGCUGUUGAGGCUGUUUGCAGUCAUUUGCUGCAGUACCACAUUUUGCGGAAUAUACUCUUUAUGACAAUGACAGAAUUCAAAGAGAUUUCAAAGCAGGUCCCAAGUAUUGCUCUAUCAAUUGAAAAGGAAGGCCUCACUCCUAAUUUCUCUUGCACUGAGGCUGGCUCAGUAUGGGUUGCUCGCUGA